AUGUCCAGUUCAAGAUAUACUCAGGUAGAGAAUAGAAAUGAUCAAAAAUUAGAGAGCCUUGCUGGUAAGUUGGCAACUUUCAGGGGUAUAAACCAAGAGAUUGGUGAUGAAGCUGCGGCUGACAGCUCCGUGAUGAACCAGAUAUCGAAUUCGUUCGAUUCGAUGCUUAAUAAUGUGAGACAUUCAUCUCAGAGGCUAACAAGAUCGAUGAAUGCUGGUAAUAACGUAUGGAGAAUGGUAGGACUAGCCAUGUUGCUAUUUUUUAUCAUUUAUACUUUAUAUAAGCUUUUUUAA